AUGGCUGUCUGCAUCGUCCAUGACAUCUCCAAUACGGUCCAGUGGGUGGAUGGCCUCGUGGAGAUGGGCGCCCAGCGCGGUCUCGCGGCCUUGCUGCACCACAAGGCGCUUGGUGCGUACUCGGACGCGGCCUUGGAUCUCGAGUCGCUCGUGCUCGAGACACUCCGGAACCUCGCGCACACGGCGUACGUGGAAACGCUUGUCACAUGUGGUGUCGCGUUGCAUUUCGGACAGUUUGUCGGCACGUACUUGGGUGUGCUUGCAUUGACACCCCCCGGCGCGCGCAAGCAGCGGCAGUUUGGCUGGGCGCUCCACGGCCUGAGCACGCUCUCAGUGCGCAGCGCAAGUGCCCGGGAGCAGCUCGCGACCAAUACAAAGUGCAUCUUGGACAUUGCGCAGUGGCUCGUGGCCUCCCCCGAGGCGCCUAUAUCCGAUCAGAUGGACGCGAUUGCGCUGCUCUCGAGCCAGUGCCGCCUCGAGAGCAGCCGCAAUGCACUCGCCGCCAAGGUGCCGCCUAACCUUUUGGACCGAACGGUGGACGUGGCGCUGCACGCAGACGCCACCGAGAUGGGCCAUGCCGCGGUGCUGGCACUGCUAGCACAUCUGCUGGGUCCGGACGUGGACGUCGUCGAUCAGAACGGAUGGUCAUUUGCAUUUGCAGAAACAUUGGCGUCGUCUGUCUUGCUGCAUGAAGCGAUGGGACAACAGCGCUCGGAGGCAUGCUACGCGCAUGGUCUCCAGCUCCUCCACGGGUGCCUGCGCCACACCAAGCUACGCACACACAAAGUGCCAACAACCAUGUAUCUGCUUCUCAUAACCGCACUGCACGCAAGCCCGACACCGACCCUGAACUUUCGACAUGCACUUGCGAUUCUCGAGAUCGCUGUCGACAACGCUGGCAGUCGGCGCCAGCUCGUGGACACCCAAGCCCUCGAAGCGGUCUUGCUUGGGUUGGCGGAUGCCCCUCCGAGUCUCUCGCUGCCCGCGCUCCAAGAAGUGCUUCGAAAGCUGCUUUUGGAGGCCAUGGAGGUGUACGUGGAGCGCGACCCGGCACUCGUGGCAAUCGUUGCGUCCGAGCUCACAUCGCUCCCCAACCCGCUGCUCGUCGACACGGCACUCGCGUUCCUCGGGCAUGUGGCGCUGGCCGGCGGCGUCCUUGCCGGCGCCGUCAUUGCGUCGGUGCAGGCCGAGAUGCGCUUGUUGCAGCUUCUCUCGCGGCACGUCGAGCACGUGCACGCGAUCACGUGCUCGCGGGCCAGCGUCAACAUUGCGCGCUGCAUCUCGUACGACGACAUGUUGCGCGUGUAUCUGUUUGCAAUGACGUUCCGACGCCACGCCAGUGACCGGCCGCUCACGCCGGGAUCGCUCUGGAUGACGGACCGCAACCUUGCGUCGUGCUUCAUCAUGGACCUCCUCUACUGGUUCUCGUCGCAGCAACAUACCGUGACGCGCCACUUUGGGUCUAUGUACCCGGACCUGAUUCUCGUCACACCGCUCCUCGUGCAAAUGGCGUACCCCAAGGAAGCCUCGCACGCGCCGCUGCCGGGUGUCCAUUACUUCGACCACGUCCAAGAAGACAUUUUACAAGAGCUAUUUGUCAUCAUCACGGCGUCGCCCUUGGCCGAUACGAUUGCGCAAGCGUGCAUCUAUGCCCUCAUCGAGAUACACGCGUGGUGGGGCGCCGAGUCGCUCCUGGUGGCCCUCCUCCAAGCCCUACCGUCGAAAAUGGAGCUCUUGAUGAAGCUCUCGGCCCUCCUCGAGCCCGCGCCGACACCCACGCUUCGGUUCAUGAUGCUACUGGUGACCACCGAUGCGCUCGUCGACGACUUGAAGGCUGUUGGCGUCAAGGAAAACCUCGAGUCGCUCGAGGUGACAAACGAAGCGGACCAGUCGAUGCGGUCGGCGCUGCUGAAUUUACUCGGGUACUCGGUGGACCUUUCGCUGGCCUUUGUCGCUGACCUGCAGCGCUUUGCCGAGUGCAUGCAUGACCCGCUCGAGCGCACGCAACUCAUGGCGGGUAUGCAGACGACGCUGGCCAUGCACGUGGUGACCGAGCCCGACGUCCUUGCGCAAGCACUCCCGCUCCUCGUGCUCGAGCUCACGCGCGACGUGGCCUUUCUCAACGACAUUGUGCACUGCCUUGUGCAUUUUAUCUCGUUCGAGUGCUUCCCGGAUUACUGCCUCGAGCCUUCGACCGUCUUGCGUGUCUACAUUGAGCGCUUUCAUUCGCUCUUGCCAAAGAGCCAAGAUGCGGUCAUGGACAUCCUAACGUGCUUGCACGACGCAGGCGUGCCCGCCGACGCGUUUGGUUUUUUGAGCUCCGAGAUGGCGCAGCACGCGUCGCUUCUGACGCCGUUCUGUCCUCUGCUCCAUCAGCUUCCACCGGUGCCCAAGCCGGGCGCGAAGCGUGGCCCGCUUCACGCCGGGUGGACGCCAUCGCAGACCGCACAGUUUGACGUUGUCCAGAUGAUUCAGAGUAUUGCUGCCUUGACGUGGGCACCGUCGUCCUUGCACGAAGCCACGAGCCUUUUCAUAAGUCUCAUUGACGUCCUUGGCACGUUUCCCGCGCAGACAACGCUUAAAGUGCAAGCGCUUCAGACCCAGUACCUCUCCGACUUGUCCAAAAUCGUGCACCGACUCAGCAUUUUCGUGGCGGACGACACGUUCGACUUUGACGACGGCUUCAAGCGGCUCGUGGGGUACCUCGACCUGUCGCCCCAACCUGGCCCUGUCCAGCUCACCAUCUAUCAGCUGGUCGCGAAUGUGUCCAAGCUACCGUCGGUCGUGCGGUCGCUACACCGGCUCCAAUGCCUCGAGACGCUCGUCCACCGCUUUCCAAAAGUACAUCUCGACUAUCAACUCUACGUGCUCGCUGCCUUGGCCAAUGCUGCGCAAACCGGCCUCGAGUCGGAGAUUGUGAGUCGCCUUGCGAUGGAAGCCAAGGCCGUGCACGCACUCUUACGCUGCCUGCAGAGCUACACGCGCGAGCCCCAAGCGCAUGCGGCAUUUCUUCUCUCGGCCCUCUUGCUGCAUUACCCGGACGUCGGCGGGUCCACCGAGUGCGUCACGACGCUCAUCGAGUGCCUCGAAGCCGUCGAUAUGAUUGUCGUGCAGCACGUGCUUGUGGCAUUGAGUGCAAUUCUGCACGUGGAGCCGACGCAGGAGACACUCUUGCGCCAUGCGACCGUGCCCGUUUUGGCGCAAAUCCUUCAGAAAGGCGACUAUGUCUGCACCGAGCACGUACUUCGCAUCUUGGCGAUUCUGUGCUCGCAACACGCGGCCAUUUGUCGGCGGGUGGUUGCAUCCAACCUCCUUGGCAUCUUGCUCGCGACCGUGCGCAACGUGGCCGAAGUCGAGAGUCGAACCCACGACAUCUUGCACGCGGCGUGGAUUCUCUCGUGCAUCACCAAGGACAAGGACCUCGCGGGCCGGAUCGAGGACGUGGACGCGACGUUUUUUGCCUUUCUUCUGAGCGCGCUCUCGCAUUUCACGCUCAAGACGCUCAGCAAACUGCUGCGGAUGCUCUGCCAUGUCUGGGGCUACGUCCUUCCGGUCACCCGCGAUCUCGUGAGUCCGUUUGUCAAGAGCCUCUUGGCGAUUCUGCCGCGCUGCGAUGACACGACGCUGGUCAAGAACGGCGUCCACUUGCUCACCGUUCUCUUUCUGCACCCGUCGCUCGAAGACGAGCCCGAGCUCAUUGAAGCGCUGGCCCAAAGCUUCUUCUCGUACUUGCACGAUACGAACGUCAAGCUCGUCGUCUACUGCCUUCGUGCGCUCACGGCCGGCGUCGUCGCCGAAGCGCUGCCCGAGCACCUCAUUCGCGCCCACUUUGACGUGCAGGCCAAUGUCCUCCAUGUGCUGCAUUUGCUCGUCCCCGACGCGUACGAUAGCGGCGCGCACAACCGCCUGCUUUGCGUGCUGCAGUUCCUCAACGCGAUUGCGACGGACGAGAGCACGCUGCCGAUGCUGACGCCGUUGGCCGUGCCGCCGCUCUGGCACGUCCUCGAGUCGUCGCCGCUCGAGUCGUUGAAUGAUAGCACGAUCAAAGAAACGCUGUUGCUUCUGAGCACGCUGACGCGGGUAUCGUCACCGGUGCUGAGCCUCACGCCACUAUUGGUCGCGGCGCUCAAGCAGCUGCUGUUGCUGCUCGACCAAGACGACGCGACGAGCUGUGUCUACUACGCCGACGGCCUCCACGUUCUCGUCAACUUGACGGCGGUCGCCGAGCUCUCCCAGUCCCUCGUGCUCCAUGGCGCGCUCAACUUGCUCCUCGACACCUUCUUGGGCGUCGACGAGACGCACGUGCCACUGGUGUUGCUCGGAAUCGCGUCUCUCUCGAGCGACGCACUCGCCAAACAAACCAUCGAUUUCACGCCCAUCGUCCCCAAGCUCAUGCAUCUCGUGGUGUCGUCGCCGCCUCAUGUGCAAGCCACGUGUGUCUGGGUCGUCUCCAACAUUGCAAGCCUCGACGCCGUCCGGCGCCAACUCAAUGCCCAAAACGGCGCGUCGGUCUUGCAGUCGCUUUUGAACGAAGUGACCAACCCCGCCCUCUCGGCAACCAAUAGCCGGCCAGUCUCGUCGAGCAAGCGCAUUCGAGACCACGCCCCGAAAGCGCUCAAGGACCUCGGCUUCGCGCCGCUCAAUCCGCGCUAG